AUGAAUUCUUCUGAAAACAAUAAGGGUACUCUUAACAUGACUGAUGCUGAGAUGGAAGCACAAUUCAUCGAAAGAAAUGGCAACUUGAAACAGUCUCUAAACAACAUUGUCGAUAAGAUUGAUACCGCUUCUUCCAAGACCCAAGACCUGGCCCAAAAUGUAGCAGGAAAUGGCACUUUGCCAUCUGCUGCCAAUGCCACCAAGACAUCCAACAUUCUCGAGCAAAACAACGCCCCCCACAGCACUGGCUUUGGCAUCCAUGCUAUGAAUGCCAGGUUGCUGAACAGCAUCAGGUCUGAUCUGAAUGCCAUGCACUCGACAAAUCCCGAGCAAUUUGAGCAGGUGGCUACCAAGUUGGACGAAACAUUUGGUCAUAACGCUUUGAUCUAA